AUGAUGGCCACUGCUGCAGUUAUUGGACUUAGCACAGGAAAGAGGCUCUUGAGUUCAUCCUUCUAUUACUCAGACCUCACAGAAAAGCUUUCCAAUGUCAAUGAUCAUGGAAUAACCCAUUAUCAAAUUACUACAACAAAGAAUGUGGUUGUUGCAAAAAAGUCAUCAAAUUAUGGUCCUGGCUUCCCCCCGUCCAAUCGAAAUUCACAAUCCAUUAAAGCCCUUAAAGAACAUGUGGAUACUGCUUCUGCUUCUCCAACUGUGGCAACAUGGGGCAAGGCCUUUGAUGACUUUGAGGAAGAAAGUUCUGAUCUUGACUAUUCAGUAGAAGCUCUCCUUUUGCUGCAGAAGUCUAUGCUGGAAAAGCAAUGGAGUCUUUCUUUUGAGAGGACAAACUCAAGUGACUUAACAAGUAAAAAAAGUAACAAGAAGAUACCUGUCACUUGUUCUGGGGUGUCUGCUAGACAACGAAGGAUGAAUAACAGGAGAAAAAAUCAGAACCAGAGUAAAUUGAUGUCUCAAAGUAGUGACUUUAAGCUGCUAAGGUCAGUUAUUAGUCCAGAUCUGUUGCAGAAUCGUUUGAAAGGUUAUGUGAAGGGUGUAGUAAGUGAUGAGGUGCUCCCCCAUACAGAAGUUGUGCGGCUGUCAAGGAUAAUUAGAGCUGGUCUUUCCUUGGAGGACCAUAAGUCCAGGCUGAAGGAGAGAUUAGGUUGUGAGCCCUCAGAUGAACAACUUGCGGAUUCCUUGAGGAUUUCUCGUGCCGACUUGCAGUCAAAGUUGAUUAAAUGUUCUUUGGCAAGAGAGAAGCUGGCAAUGAGUAAUGUUCGUCUGGUUAUGUCUAUUGCUCAAAAAUAUGAUAACAUGGGUGCUGAAAUGGCUGACCUUGUUCAGGGAGGUUUGAUUGGACUACUACGAGGUAUCGAGAAAUUUGAUUCUUCCAAAGGGUUCAAAAUCUCAACUUAUGUCUAUUGGUGGAUACGUCAGGGUGUCUCUAGAGCUUUAGUCGAGAAUUCAAGAACCUUACGAUUGCCUAAUCAUUUACAUGAAAGGUUAGGCCUGAUUCGGAAUGCAAAGAUUAGACUAGCAGAUAAAGGAGUAACUCCAUCAAUUGAUAGAAUUGCAGAAAGCUUGAAUAUGUCCCAAAGGAAAGUUAGGAAUGCUACUGAGGCUAUUAGUAAGGUCUUCUCGCUCGAUAGGGAAGCAUUCCCCUCUUUGAAUGGUCUUCCAGGAGAAACACACCAUAGCUACAUUGCAGAUAAUCGCCUCGAGAACAAUCCGUGGCAUGGAGUAGAUGAGUGGGCACUCAAGGAGGAAGUAAACAAGCUUAUAUAUUCUACUCUUCAAGAACGAGAAAGAGAGAUUAUACGUCUAUACCAUGGCCUGGAUAAGGAAUGCCUUACAUGGGAGGACAUUAGCAAGCGCAUGGGGUUAUCCAGAGAAAGAGUGAGACAGGUGGGACUUGUUGCACUAGAGAAACUAAAACAUGCUGCGAGGAAGAGGAAGAUGGAGGCCAUGUUAGUCAAACAUUAA